AAGGCUGUGGAUGAACAGAAAGUAACUGAUGUUCUCAGUUUGAAACAAGUAUGAGUGAUUUCAGUGACGACUUGCUGAGGCCCAUGUCAGAGGAUGACCCAGGGCAAACGAAUGUUCGCUCUGGUUCCGGAAUGCGUUUUCCUUGGCUGCAAAAGCAUAUAGAAAGCGUGGCGACCCGAGGGAAAAAGGAGAAGGAUUUUGCUCGGACAACAAGUGCUUGUUUGAGGAAUAUCCAAGAGGCCCUGCUCAGGCACGAGUGGCAGCUCGCGGCAGAGUACAUGCACAGUUACGUCCAGACCUUGGAAGACUCGGACAGCAGCAAGAGGCAGGCUGCGCCCGAGAUUAUUUGGAAACUCGGAAGUGAAAUUCUCUAUUAUCAUCCCAAAAGCAGCGUGGAUACUUUUAAUGCCUUCGCUGACAGGAUGAAAAAUAUUGGCGUCAUGAAUUACUUAACGAUCUCCUUACAACAUGCACUAUAUCUUCUGCAUCAUGGGAUGUUUGACGAUGCCAGCAGAAAUCUCAGCCAGGCGGAGACAUGGAGAUACGGUGAAAAGUCGUCUUCCCAGGAGGUGUUAAUCAACCUGAUUCAGGCCUAUAAAGGGCUUUUGCAAUAUUAUACUUGGUCUAAAAAGAAGAUGGAGCUGUCUAAGCUUGAUGAGGAUGAUUAUGCUUAUAACACAGCAUCUCAGAGUAUGUACAACCACAGCUGGAAUACAUCUAUGAACUUUUGUGCAUUGAUUCAGAUUCCUGGAGUUUGGGACCCUUUUGUGAAGAGUUAUGUUGAGAAUGUAGCUAAGGUAUUAUGUCUUUUUAUAAAGAUUCUGGAAUUCUAUGGAGAUCAAGAUGGAGCCCGCGAGGUCCUCACUAAUUAUGCCUAUGACGAAAAGUUCCCAUCAAACCCCAAUGCGCACAUCUACUUAUACAACUUUCUAAAGAGAGAGAAGGCACCAAGAGAGAAACUGAUAAGUGUGCUGAAGAUUUUGUAUCAGAUUGUACCAUCUCAUAAACUGAUGUUAGAAUUCCACAGGUUACUGAGAAAAUCAGACAAAGAAGAACACCAGAAACUGGCGUUGGAAGUAUUAUUCGGUGUCUUAGAUUUUGCUGGAUGCACUAAAAAUAUAACUGCUUGGCAAUAUUUGGCAAAAUAUCUCAGACAGACCUUAAUGGGAAAUCAUCUUGCCUGGGUUCAAAAAGAGUGGAAUUCCAGGAAAAACUGGUGGCCAGACUUUCACUUCAGCUACUUUUGGGCAAAAAGUGAUUGGAAGGAAGAUAAAGCUUUGGCUUAUGAGAAAGCUCUCGUAGCUGGAAUAUUGUUAGGAAAAGGUUGUAGAUAUUUGCGGUAUAUUUCAAAACAAGAUCAUCAAGUCUUAAAGAAGAAAAUGAAGCGGAUGAAGAAGUUAGUGAAAAAAUACAGUAUUGUAAAUCCAGGACUCUGAUGUUGAAUUUCAGUU